UCAUUUUUCAGAGAGGCAAAUGUCGAAAGGAUGCUAUGGAGCUGCAGAGUUCGUUCAUACCCACAGGGAGCCGGCAUUGGAAAAUGGAUUUGUUCAGAUUCAAAAUCGCCCUCGGAUAAUCGACCCAGUAACCGAUCUCUCUGCAAUCAGACGUCAGUCUUUCCUGCAGAGCCAAGCUAUCGAGAUCGUGGACCCUUAUAACCUUACCUCAACAAAAAACUGUUUCGAACGGAUCAAAAGCAGGAAAAAUGAAACCACGCAGGUACGGAACAAAUUGUCGGGUUCAUGGUCCCACCUACUAUCCCGUAUAAGAGCAAUCAGUGGACUGAGUAGUUGCGAAGCAAUGCAAACAUGCGGUGACUUGCGGGAAGACGAACAAUGCAGAACCGGGCCAGCAUCAUAUGGCUGCAACAUCGAAGAUUAAAAGGACGUAUGUAACUGGAUACAUAUAUAGGAAUCAAAUAGCACAACGUAAAAAUAAAAUCUUAAAAUCUUGAAAUCUUAAAAUCUUAAAAUCUUAAAAUCUUAAA